AAUGUCUGACAAAGGAGCCUUCGACACCAAUGUGGUGACCCUCACCAGGUUUGUUCUGGAGGAGGGCAGGAAGGCCCAUGGAACAGGUGAGCUGACAACCCUGCUCAACUCCAUCUGCACAGCUGUCAAAGCCAUCUCAACUGCUGUCAGGAAGGCUGGGAUUGCUAACCUAUAUGGCAUUGCUGGAAGCACAAAUGUGACAGGGGACCAGGUGAAGAAACUGGACAUUCUGUCCAAUGACCUGGUCAUCAACAUGAUCAAGUCCUCCUUCACCUCCUGUGUGCUUGUGUCAGAGGAAGAUGAGAAGGCCAUCAUUGUGGAACCAGACAAGCGGGGAAAAUACAUUGUGUGCUUUGAUCCACUGGAUGGUUCCUCAAACAUUGACUGUCUUGUCUCGAUUGGAACAAUUUUUGCCAUCUACAAAAAGACUACAGAUGGUGAGCCAGCUGAGAAGGAUGCUCUGCAGUCUGGAAGAAACAUUGUGGCAGCUGGUUAUGCACUGUAUGGCAGUGCCACAAUGAUGGUCCUCUCCACUGGUCAAGGAGUCAACUGUUUCAUGCUUGACCCCGCAAUUGGCGAGUUUAUCUUGGUGGAUCGAGAUGUAAAGAUUAAGAAAAAAGGAAAAAUCUACAGUUUGAAUGAGGGAUAUGCACAGCAUUUUUAUCCAGAUGUGACAGAGUACCUACAAAAGAAGAAAUACCCAGAGGAUGGUUCAGCUCCAUAUGGCAGUCGAUAUGUUGGAUCUAUGGUAGCUGAUGUUCAUCGUACUUUGGUGUAUGGAGGGAUCUUUUUGUACCCUGCCAAUGUCAAAAGUCCUAAGGGCAAGCUGAGGCUGCUGUAUGAAUGCAACCCCAUGGCCUUCAUCAUGGAGCAGGCAGGAGGCAUAGCCACUACAGGAUCCAUGAACAUUCUCGACAUCCAGCCCACCAACAUCCACCAGCGAGUUCCUGUGGUCCUGGGAUCCCCUGAUGAUGUGCAGGAGUAUAUUUCCAUCUGUAAGAAGCAUAACAAAUGAGCUGGGAAAAUGCUGCUGCGGAGCAACCUAAAGCAGAACAAAUAACAGCACAAUCAAGAGGCUCAAUCAGGACAUUCAUUGUUAAGUGCUGUCUGCACUGCAUUGAUGGAGGAACUAUAAACCUCACUGGGCCUACUAAGUCUGCCCCGCACUAUGCUAAUUCCAUCUUUUUGCUGUAAGAGACUCAGCCUGUAUUUUCUAAAUAAAGACAAAUUAAAAGAC